GCGUAAAUUCUUGAUGAAGAAUAUGAAAUCACAUUAUCAAAGCAUUUAGUAGAUGGGCUCACAAAAGUGCUGCAAAAAGUGAAGGCCAUUAAAUUGAUAGAAAGAACAAAAUUUCACACUGAAGCGUCAUACUCUUGCAAAAAGUUCAAGUAUAUAAUGACUAUUCAUGACUCUCAUGGAGAUACUGAAAUUUAGUUGACAGCAAGAAGAAAAUGAGCAAGUUGGGGCACUGUUUUCUUCAAACUGAGGGACCCUUGAAUCAACCAAAUGAGCCCACAUAGGCUGGUUGGCAAGUUGUCAAAGGGGAUAAAAAAAGAACAAGAACAAACCCAAAAAAGCAAGCAACUAAAGAAGCAGUCCAAGUUCAGUGCUUAAGGCAAGUAAACUAAAAAUGAAACUUAAAUAUUUCCUUUAAUUGGAAACAAACUACAUGUUGCUAAGAACAUGCCCAGCAUCAAUUAAUUCUAGUGCUUUAUUUGAUCUAGAGGCUCAGGGAUUCACAAGUUGUCCUACUUUUUUCUUCCCUUUCUACAUAUUUGGGCAAGGAAAUGGUAGGGCAUGGUGUUUUGCACUAAACAAGGCAAACCAUGUGAAAGAUUGGCAACUUCUUCACCUGCUAUGUUUUCCCCUCCUAUUACUUUUCUACUUCAUCCAUAAUUCAAAUCUUGACACAAAUUCUCUAUAUAUAUAUAUAUAACCACACACUCACACACUCACUCACUCAAAGCACAUUAACAAGUACCAAACAAGUCCUUUCAAAUCAAGUUCAAAACAAAAGGGGGUUCUUCGUUGUUACCGAGCACAAAGAAAUGGGAAUCCACUUGACAGGGAUAGCAAAUGCGAAACAGAAGCUUCAGAGAACUCUUUCGGCGAAAUACGGGAUGGGAUCGGCAGUGACGAAUGUUCCGAAAGGACAUUUCGCAGUGUACGUGGGAGAAACACAUAAGAAAAGGUUUGUGAUUCCGAUAUCGUACCUGAAUCAUCCAUUGUUCAAGGAUUUGCUGAACCUUGCGGAGGAGGAAUUCGGAUUCGAUCAUCCAAUGGGUGGCCUCACCAUUCCUUGCAGCGAAGAUUACUUCAUCAGUUUAACUUCAGCCCUAAAUUGUUCAUAGAUUUUCUUCUUCUUCUUCUUAAUCUUCCGCUCCCAAUUAACAUUUUUCUGCUUCGAUUUUUUUGUAAAAGAAUGGAAAUCGAGAGAUUCAAACCUAGUCUCUAUGA